CAAAUGGCGACCGUAAGACAAAUCAACAAACCUAUAGACAUUAACCUUUUUUUCUGUCCAACACAUUACAUUGUACGUUUAUCGUAUAUAUUCAUAAAUAUUCAUAUACAAGAAAGUUAACAACAUGCAUGAAGAAGAUUCUGAUGAUGAUAUGAAUGUAGGGGCUCCCAUGAUGGUGGAGGUCAAAGGUCACAAUAGAACACCACGACAACAUUCACAAAGAUCACUGAACAGAGAUUCUGAAGAAGAUGAAGAGGACAGGUAUGAAGAUGAUUAUGAGGAUGACAUGACCACAGCUAGAUCUGGGAGGACAACAAGUAGAAAGAAAAAGCCUGGGAAGAAUGGUCGUCAUGGUAUUGACAUGACACCACCUGAAAAACUUCUAAAAAUGGCAGUUAAAAGGAUUGGAAAAUUCAGAGAAAAGGAAAAACACGAUGAAGCUAUCAGAGAACUGGUGCGAUGCAUAGCACUUACCAGGAUUGUACAUGGUGCCAAUCACUGGAAGUUAGCAGAAAGCCAUGCUGAUCUGGCCGAAGCAUAUCUAGAUCUUAAAGGAUUAGCCCCACAAGCAGACUACCAUGCAGAAUCAGCCAAAACCAUAAUGUUAAACACUGUUGCUACCUACACAACGGAACAAGAGAAAGCAGAUGUCAUCUUCAUAUUGUUUAAAAUCCACCAUACUCAAGGGAGAGCACUCACCGAAAUGAAACAGUACACUGAUGCAGAGAAGGCCCUGUCGAAGGCUGAUAGGACCUGUCAUGAUUUCAGUCGGUUAACAUGUGUCAGUGAUGAUGAAUGCGAGGAGAUGGAGAUCAAAUACUGUCAUGCUACUGCUAGAUUAUACUGGAAACAGAAAAAGCAUGCCAGAUCAGCAGCCCAGUAUGAUAAGCUGUUAGACCUAAUGAAGAGACAGUAUGGACCAGAUUCUAUGGACCUUGUUCCAAUUUAUCAGGAAUAUGGGAAAGUAGAAUUGAGUAAAGGAAAAUAUGCAAAUUACGACAAGGCCACAGACCUCUACCUACAGUCUCAUACUAUAGCUGGUGCUAAUUAUCGUGAAGGCAGUACAAAGAUGGUCGACACAGGAUUAGCACUAGCCCAGGCUUACAUCAGUACUGGCAAAGAGGAAGCUGAGGACUUGGCUGAGAAGUAUCUGAAUGAAUGUCUAGUAACGUGCCAGACAGGGUAUGGUCCCCAGCAUAAAAAGACAAUAGCAAUACAGGAUGAACUUGCUAGGUUACUUAUCAGAACAGAUCGGCAAGAGGACGGUUUAGACAUAUUAAAAUCCACUUUACCAGAUAAAUGUGAGAUUUAUGGCGACUACUCAGAGCAGGUCUCAGAUACGCACAAGCUUACAGCAUCGGUCCAUCUAUCACAGGGAAAUUUGGAGAAAUCACUCAGAGGUUAUAAAAAGUGUUUAAACAUAGAACAAAUAGUCCUUGGUAAAAAUCAUAGAAAAACAAAAGAUACAGAAAGGACCAUCGACAUUUUAAUGGCGAGUCCUGGCUUAUCUAAUAAAUUUGUACUGAGUAAAGAAGAUGAACUGAAGAAAAGGCCAAAGUUCAACACCAUGGUGACAACAAAACAAACUUUAGGGGGAUUUAAAUCCUCAGCAUUUUAGAUUUAUAGGAUUAUUUCAAAUAUCAAAGUAGAAAAUUCUAGAUGGACUCAUUUUCUUUUAGAAUGUGAAAUUGGCAAAAGUAGAUUUAGUUUGAUGGAUGCAAAGUGAACAAACCUCAUUGAUCUGCAUCUAAAUGGCCAUAAAAUGAAACUUGUAGCUAUAAUACUUCUAGAAAUACAAUUAAUGAAAAAUAUGGAAAAAAGAUCUGUAAAUGUAUAAAAUGUUUGUUAUAAAGCAGCUAAAGAUGCAUUUUUAUUUCACUCUAAGUUGUCAUUUGUCUAAAAAAAACCUUCACAUACAUUUCAUGGAUAAUUGAUCAACAUUAAGUUUGUAUGUGUAUGUCAAUUUCUCAGAUACUUUGAGUAACCAACCAUUGUCCACUGUCAAGAGUAGUUGUAAGUUGUACAUGUCUCUCUGACAUUAGUAAAUUUUCCUGCAGGUUAAUGCUCAGAAGAUAGAUAUAUGGAAAAAUAGAUGUAGUAAAACUGUCAACACAUAUUCCUGUUGAAAUGGAUUCAGCCGGCAAGAUAUUUAUCAUUUUUACUUUUGUCUCAUACAAGGAUUAGAACUUUCCUUAUUAAACAUGUCUGUGAUAUUUUCUAUAUUUAGAAUAUAAUAAAUUUAUGUGUAAAACA